GCGGCUGCGACUGCCGUGAUGCCGCCGCCUCGCGCCAGGAAAGGGCUCGGCGUUGUGGGUCAGACGGAGAGCAAGAAUCGGGUGGUUUCCGGGUCGGAAGUAUGCGUCGGCUCGUCUGAUUCUUCCGGGUCGGGUCGGACUCAGAGCGACGGGUCCAACUUGGAUCGGUUCUUGGAGCACACCACUCCCGUUGUUCCUGCCCGGUUUCUCCCCACGAGGAGCAAGCGGGAAGCUAAAACCCGUGAAUCGGAGUGCCAUAGAUAUUUUGUUCUUGAGGAUCUGUGGGAGUCAUUUGCAGAGUGGAGUGCGUAUGGUGCAGGUGUUCCUCUGCAAAUGCACGGGAGUGACUCCACUGUGCAGUAUUAUGUGCCUUACUUAUCCGGCAUUCAGUUGUAUGUAGACCCAUCUAAGAGGCCCAGAAAUCCAGUUGAAGAUAACGAAGGAAGUAGUGAAGGAAGCAGCAACAGUAGGCUUGAGAAGUCACCUAAUCAUGCUAAGACUGUGCAGAAUACUGUGGACUUGAGUGUCGGCGAACUGAAUAAAAUUAGUCUGAGGGAUCAGUCUGUUGCUGGUUCGUUGUCAAGUGGAGAGACUGAGAUCAGCAAUCCUCAGGGACGAUUACUAUUUGAGUACUUGGAGUAUGAGCCUCCGUUUGCCCGUGAACCUCUGGCUAACAAAGUCUCGGAUCUCGCGUCAAGGUUUCCUGAGCUAAUGACAUUCAGGAGCUGCGAUCUUUCUCCAUCAAGUUGGGUCUCUGUGUCAUGGUAUCCAAUAUACAGAAUACCGGUUGGUCCAACACUACAAAAUCUCGAUGCCUGCUUUCUAACUUUCCACUCUCUCUCGACAUCACCUCCUCAGAGUUCUAUGGGUUGUAGUGAUUUGGAGCCAUCCAUAAAGAAGCUCCCGUUGCCAACUUUUGGACUUGCAUCGUAUAAACUGAAAGUAUCUGUGUGGAACCAAAACAGAGCUCAAGAAUGCCAGAAGAUGUCUUCGUUAGUACAAGCUGCAGACAAGUGGCUUAAGCGUCUGCAAGUCAAUCAUCCGGACUUCAGAUUCUUCACCUCUAAUAGCCCACAAAUGAGGUGA